GCCUGUCCCCUCCGUGCCGCUUUCGACAGCGAGGACGGCGAGGCGCUCAACGGCGAGCCCGAGAUCGACCUCACCAGUAAGCCAAGAACCUGGCCAAAACUCUGAUGAAGAAAGAGGAAUGCUUUUCUCCCACAACCUCCAUUUGUGAUGCCAGCCUGUCUUCCAUUCCUAGAAAUCUGCAGGCACUAUGGAGGCAAUAGGAAUUCUGAGGUUUCUAGACCUGUGUGACUCCUGCUGUUAACUGCUCGAUGCCUGGCAAAGUGGAAGGAAGUAAAGUGAAUACUUUUUUGUUUCAUGAAAACCUCUGAAAAGCAUAAAUACAUAGUCCAAGCAUGGAGGGGAUUGCACAAAGGUGAAAAGGAGAAAAAAAACAAGCACCGAGGCCAGGGUGGAGGCCUCUCUCCCACCAAGGAGAUGGCAAAGAACAGACUCUCUCACUCCAUGAGGCUGGCUGAAGAGAUCUUCAGAACAGCAAGAAAAGUGACAUAGGAAACUGCAGAACUGGAUGGGGGAAACUGCAGAAGCAGCCAUUAGCGAUGGUGAAUGGUGUUGGAAGGUGUGAUCCAUGAAGGCUGCUCUUUGUUCCAUACAUCCUUCUUUUGACGUUCCACUGUGUCAGAUCGGCUGUAAACUUCACUGGCUCCAGGGUAGGCUUUAAAGGCAGUCUGGAACACACUUCAGCAGAGCUUUCCGUGGCAAUGAAAGCAACAUGGUGGGGAAACAGUACUUUGAGCUGAUGUGUGUGGAUGCCAUGCUGUCUGAGCCUCCCGCAGCCCAACCUGGUGCCGUGAAGAGUGGCUGCAGUGCGCUGUGCGUCUGAAUCGUCCUCUAAUGCUGUGAACAGCACCCUGCCCACUCACACUGCUGAAGCAUUUGAACUCAUAGGAUAAUGAAGCUGGUAAUGAGACUUGCAGAAGCUGAAGUUAGUGUUCCUCUACAGUGGUGUCCAUGUUACUUUAUUGAUGUGUGUGUGUGUGUAUGAGAACCUGCUUAAUAGAUCUUCCUGAGUCUGACCUGCACUGGUGCCCUCGCCUGAACAGUGAGCCUGAUUGCUGUGCUUCCAGGAAUUCCAGAAAGUGCCUGCCAGGCAAAACAAGCCUCACACAUCUGCACACAGCCUUCCAUUCCUCUCUGAUCAAGCCUCAGAACGGCUGCUGAUUUCCCUCUGCGGACAUUCAGAUCCAAUGGUUUCCUUUUAAGAAGAAAACAAAACCGAAAGAAUGGCAAAUGAAGACAAGACUUAGUCCUUUGUAUUACACAGUAGAAAGCCUAUGUGGCCUUCAGAUCAGAGUGCUUUGCUACCUGUGCCAUGUAGUUUAAAAGCUUAGGUAGAGCAUGUGCCUGUAAGAGGCACAAGAAGCUGGUGAUGGUGAGCCCAACUUCAGAGCAGUAUGACAGUUUGCUCCGGCAGAUGUCAGAGAGAAUUGAUGAGGGAUGUGGGGAGACCAUUUAUGUCAUUGGUCAAGGAUCAGAUGGGACUGAAUACGGUCUGAGCGAGGCAGACAUGGAAGCAUCGUAUGCCACGUUGAAGAGCAUGGCAGAGCAGAUUGAGGCAGACGUGAUCCUCCUGCGGGAGCAUCAGGAGGCAGGGGGCAAGGUGCGCGACUACCUUGUUCGGAAACGUGUGGGUGACAACGACUUCCUGGAGGUCAGGGUAGCAGUGGUUGGCAAUGUGGAUGCAGGAAAGAGCACUUUGCUAGGUGUCUUGACACAUGGUGAACUGGACAAUGGUCGAGGCUUUGCUCGGCAAAAGCUGUUCCGCCAUAAGCACGAGAUCGAGUCAGGCCGCACCAGCAGCGUGGGCAACGACAUCCUGGGCUUUGACAGCGAGGGCAACGUGGUCAACAAGCCUGACAGCCACGGUGGCAGCUUGGAAUGGACAAAGAUCUGUGAGAAAUCCACCAAGGUCAUUACUUUCAUCGACCUGGCUGGUCAUGAAAAGUAUCUGAAGACCACCGUCUUUGGCAUGACCGGCCAUUUACCUGACUUCUGCAUGCUUAUGGUUGGCAGUAACGCUGGGAUUGUUGGAAUGACCAAGGAGCACUUAGGCCUGGCACUUGCACUUAAUGUUCCUGUCUUUGUUGUUGUGACCAAGAUCGACAUGUGCCCUGCUAACAUCCUACAAGAAACCCUGAAGCUGUUACAGCGACUGCUGAAGUCCCCAGGGUGCAGGAAGAUUCCCGUGCUGGUUCAGAGCAAGGAUGAUGUCAUUGUAACAGCCUCCAACUUCAGCUCAGAGAGAAUGUGCCCAAUAUUCCAGAUUUCAAAUGUGUCUGGGGAGAACCUAGAUUUGCUGAAGAUGUUUCUUAAUCUGUUGUCUCCACGGACCAGUUACAGGGAAGAAGAGCCAGCAGAAUUCCAGAUAGAUGAUACCUACUCUGUCCCAGGUGUAGGAACAGUUGUGUCUGGGACAACACUGAGAGGCCUAAUCAAGCUAAAUGACACCCUGCUGCUGGGGCCAGACCCUCUUGGCAACUUCCUACCUAUUGCUGUCAAGUCCAUCCACCGCAAGAGAAUGCCUGUCAAAGAGGUGCGGGGCGGCCAGACUGCCUCCUUUGCUUUGAAGAAGAUCAAGCGUUCUUCCAUCAGGAAAGGCAUGGUAAUGGUGUCACCCCGCCUGAAUCCACAAGCAUCAUGGGAAUUUGAAGCUGAAAUCCUGGUGCUCCAUCACCCCACCACCAUCAGCCCACGGUAUCAGGCCAUGGUGCACUGCGGCAGCAUCCGGCAGACGGCCACGAUUCUCAGCAUGGACAAGGACUGCCUGCGCACGGGGGACAAAGCCACGGUGCACUUCCGCUUCAUUAAGACCCCGGAGUACCUGCACAUAGACCAGCGCCUGGUCUUCCGGGAGGGACGCACCAAGGCUGUGGGCACCAUCACUAAGUUACUCCAGACCACCAAUAACUCACCAAUGAACUCCAAACCACAGCAGAUCAAGAUGCAGUCAACCAAGAAGGGAGCUGUUACAAAACGAGAGGAUGGUGUUCCCCCAGCUGGGACAGCAGCUGGAGGCCCACCAGCUGGGGAUGAAGCCCCCUCAACAUCUGCAGUGCCGCUGACACCUACUGCCCUGCAACCACUGCCUGCACUGGAUGAAGAGCCCCACAUCCGUGAGGGCAAUAAGUCAAAAGUUGGAGGAGGAGGCCGGCGACGUGGGGGUCAGCGUCAUAAAGUGAAAUCUCAGGGAGCCUGCGUGACUCCUGCCAGUGGCUGCUGAAUUUCUUACUCCUCCUUCAGAGGAAUUCCUCCUCUUCCUUUCAUUUCUUAUCCAAAAAAUCCAGAGCAGCUUAAACCAAAACCCAUCCCAGCUAAUCGAUUGGCUGCAGAAGAAUCGUCCCUCCUCCCUGAAGGAAGUGAUGGAGAGGAGCAUAAUUUAUGAGUUGAUGAAGGUGAUGAUGCAGAGAACUGAGUAACUGACACCUUCCUGCUCCCCCUAUCAACAACAUUUUUGUACAUUAUGGGCGUAGUUUUUAUUCUUAUUAGUUUUUAUUCUAUUUUGUGUGCAUGAAGAUGAGAGUCUGGAUAGAACUGAGAAGAGCCAGUUAGCUGCCUCCCUCCUCCCUCACCCCAGCCUGUCCACAGGACUUGCUGCUCUCCUCCUGUGUGCUGUCUCAGAUCCAGGGGUUAUCAGAUGCCCAAAAUGUCAGACUUGUAAAGGUUCAGACACAUUGCUUAGGAUGGCUCCAUGGGGCAUCAUUUUACCAUUGUGGCUCGUGCGAGAUGAAUUUCUGGGUGCCCUCCAGCUUAAACUAUUUCUGUGUGGUUUUAAUUCAAUAUUGUAAAGACUGAAGAUUGGAGGAGAUGGUGAGAAAGUUCAGUAGUUGGAGAUUUAAGAGAGAAACAAGUUGGAAAGCAGUUCUUGAUGUUCAGGCAUCCUGUACUAAAUAUCCUUCUCAAAUAUGUUGACAGCACUUAAGAUUUUAGAGACAGAACGACAUGGGCAAUCAUUUGUUAAUUCUGUUCCCCUUCCCAUCAUGUUGCUUCUCCUCUUGUUUGUUCAGAGCACACUGGAGCAAAUCUUGCUGCCUCUCAAGGCUGUGGCAGCUCAGUUGACAGCAUCAAAAAUACAGUGCAGGACCGCUUGGUCCAUGCCUUGAGCCAGAGAAAGCCUUCUCACCUCGAUGGACGGAGAUCAGGAGUGGUAACAUGCCACCAGCAAACAGCACUCCAGUUACUUUACUCCAAGAUAUUUUUCCAGAUCUUUUCUGGAACUCACUGGCCAAACUUUGCCAGUGAGUUUGCCUUCUCCCCACUUGGCCAAAGAGGGCAAUGAUGGAUUGGUACCAAGCUCACAGAGGUGCUUUCAGGUUUGGAAACUGUGGCACUUUUUCUGACUUAUUUUUCUCUUUUAAUAACAAAUACUGGCUUCUCCAGGAAGGCCCUGCAAGAGCAGUCCAUUAACUUUAUUGUUACAGUGUUUUUUACCCCUAGGUUACACAAGUGAUCAACUCCCUGCUUACUUUGGUCUCUUACAACCCUGCCUCUUCACCUAGUUCUCACAAAGAUGGAAGUUCUCCUCUACUAGUUUAUCAGGAGCUGUUGGGAGGGUGUUAGCACUCUCAAGGAGAGAGCAUCUGCAACAACUCUUUGCUUUCCCCAACAGGUGCUGUCAGGAUUUGUUUUGAGGGUUUCCUCCUCCAGUGAAGGACUUCUAUUUUAACUGGGAGGAGACUGUAAAGUCCUUAGCAGGGUGGUUCCGUUUCUCACUCUGUGGCACCCAUGGAGUUCAGUCCAGUUCACCUGGUGAUCUGAGGUAGGCUUUCAAGCUGAGGACAGCAGGCUCAGGGUGGCAGAGCACAUCUCCCACCACUGGCACCAGCACUCCAAGAACAUUAAGUGGCAUGGGAGAGGUGAGGAAUGUGGCUUGGAGACAAGGAUACAUUGCCUCAGAGACUGCAAGUGGCCUGCAUGUGGGUGGAAGGGGGAGGUGAAACAGUCCUUUCCUAGCUCUGUGCCUAAAUACCAGCACUCUCCUGGCGAGGGAGGAACCAUAGGCGGCUACAACACUAAUAACACCCACAUUGUCAGGGGUGUGAAGUGUGGCUAAGCAAGGCUGGAGGACCUGGUUUGUUUUGUCUUCUGGCCCUGUAGCAGCAUCAAACUGCAUCUGAUUUCACUGCCCUCUAUUUCCAAGGGGAGCAGAGAGCUCCAGGCGGUUUUCUUUCUCCAUUCCUUGUGCUCCACUUGAAGGAGACUGCCAUGACUGUAAGAGGGUUUACUUCAGUUUGUGCAAAGAGGUGGUGUGAUCUCUCUUUUGUGACCAGCAUUCAAAGAUCACUCAGGCUGGUGUGAUCUAUAAAAUAAAUUUUAAAAGAGUUUGCUCCAA